AUGGAAACGAUUUAUGAUGAGAUAGAAAUAGAAGAUUUUACAUUUGAUCCUGUCACUCAGUUGUUUCAAUACCCCUGUCCUUGUGGUGAUCGGUUUGCCAUUAGUAUUGAUGAUUUACAAGAUGGAGAGGAUAUUGCCGUUUGUCCAAGCUGCUCGUUGAUGGUGAAAGUUAUUUUUGAACCAGAGGAUUUGCAAGAGUAUUUGGAUGAGAUCAGUUGA